UAACCGAACCUAAAGGCUAAACCCCUCAAAGCCCUGGUGUUCACUUUCCCACUUUCACGUCUUCACUGUAAGCUCGUUCACUUCGGAGUCUCUGCCAUGGCCACCACCACCUUCUCUACAACUUCGGAACUGUCUGGUUGUGCUGCGGUUGCAGGUUCUGUUAGAAAAUCUCGACGUACGGGACAAAUUUCUGCUACCCUUCAUUGCUUCUCUGCGACAGCUACCAAUAGCCACAUAGUACUUUCGAUGUCGAAACCUAGUAACGGUAAAUUUACCGUCAAGUCUAGUAGUACGGAUACCGGACUUACGUAUAAGGAUGCGGGCGUAGAUAUAGACGCUGGGUCGGAGCUUGUGAGGAGAAUCGCUAAGAUGGCGCCUGGAAUUGGAGGCUUUGGGGGUCUUUUUCCUCUUGGUGAUUCGUACCUUGUCGCUGGCACAGAUGGUGUGGGUACUAAACUUAAGCUUGCAUUUGAAACUGGAAUUCAUGAUACUAUUGGUAUUGAUCUGGUUGCCAUGAGCGUCAAUGACAUUGUAACUUCCGGAGCGAAGCCCUUAUUUUUCCUUGAUUACUUUGCUACUAGCCAUCUUGAUGUUGACCUCGCCGAGAAGGUUAUAAAAGGUAUUGUUGAUGGAUGCCAACAAUCUGAUUGUGUUCUUUUGGGGGGUGAGACUGCAGAGAUGCCAGACUUUUAUGCAAAAGGUGAAUAUGAUCUUAGUGGAUUUGCAGUAGGCAUUGUUAAGAAGGAUGCUGUCAUUGAUGGGAAAAACAUUGUUGCUGGUGAUGUCCUCAUUGGUCUGCCAUCCAGCGGAGUGCACUCCAAUGGUUUCUCACUUGUGAGGAGGGUUUUGGCUCAAAGUGGUCUCUCGUUAAAUGAUCAACUGCCAGGUGAAAAUAUAACAUUAGGUGAAGCUUUGAUGGCUCCAACUGUCAUUUAUGUGAAAGAGGUACUUGACUUAAUCAGAAAGGGAGGGGUGAAGGGUUUAGCCCACAUCACUGGUGGAGGUUUCACGGACAAUAUCCCUCGAGUUUUUCCUAAUGGGCUUGGUGCUGUCAUCUACAAGGACUCUUGGGAAAUCCCAGCCGUAUUCAAAUGGAUUCAACGGGUGGGAAAAAUUAAUGAUACUGAGAUGAGGAGAACUUUCAACAUGGGCAUUGGGAUGGUUGCUGUUGUGAGCCAGGAGGCAGCCCAUCUGAUCCUUGAGGAAACAUCUUACAAGGCUCACCGGAUUGGUGAGAUUGUUAGCGAUGAAGGAGUGACGUUUUGCUAAAAUCUGGUUUCCCUCUACACCAGAGCUUGUAUAAGUAAAAUUAAGUUUCAUAGAUGCAGGAAUUGUUUCCUUGCUAGCUAGGAAUGGGAAUCUGGGGGAUUAUGCGUAUCCCUGCUGUUUUAAAAUUUUGGAUGAGCAAUUAUAAUUUAAAUAAUUUCAAUGUGAGAAAUUGUUUAAGUUAUUAUUACAGAUGUUAAUGCAUUAUAGGCCGAGCUUUGCCUUAUUCAA